UUACUCUACUCUCUAGUCUCCUUGGUAAUACAAUACAAUUCGGAAGCAGCAAGAAGCAUUCCAGACAAGAUUCCAGACAUAAAGUAACUUGUUGCGUCUUUGGAGGUUAUUUAACGUGUGGGUAGUGUUAAAGGGAUCCCUUGAGUGACGUCUGAGUUGAUUUGACUAAUUAUGUCGGUAACGAAAAAUACGGAACUACGAAAACUUCGACCAGCAGAAUUUUAUAACUUUGCGUUGAUUCUCAGCCCUUCAGAUAAUUGGAAGAAACUUAUUAGCGUCGUGACCAGCGAUGAUAAUGGAAAUAUUCCUAAGUUUGGAGGCGAAUCUAUAACAAUAUUAGAACAAGCAUCUCGACACGAGCGGAAACCAGCAGCUGCAAUAUUUUUGGAAGAAUGGUCAACGAUGGGGCGAAAAAGACCAACUCUGGGUCUUUUAUUAGAGUAUUUGAUGAAGGCUGAACUUUUCCGAGCUGCUGAUUAUUUAGCAGAAGAAAUACUGAAAGUUGAAGCUCCAACGAGGCCAUCUCAUGGACCAGCAGUAGCAGUGAACGUGGAAGAGGCUUUGGCUGAAUUACUAGGACGUCAAGACCUGAACGAAACCGCAAUGGGCGAUGGGUCUGAUCCGUCGCAAAUAAAUUUGAGUCGAGUCGAUUAUCCGAUGCAUUUAUUAGAAACGGAAAAAAUUAGAACGGAAAGAAGUGAAAGUGACAACUAUGCAAUGGGGGAAAACGAUAUUGGUAUUUUUGAGAUGAGAUGUAAUCAGUCGAGAUCUCAUCAAGUUCUUGAUCCUGCGAGACCCUUCGAUCAUUCGGUAGCAGAAAACUAUUUGAGUUUUGGAAAAAUGGAGAAUUUGGGGGGUAAGAAAUCGUCGGAAUCAGGGCAGGAGCCUCAAAUUUCGGAUUUAAUUAAAUUCAGCACGAACUCCGCCGAGGGAUUGGAUGAAAAAAUUCAGACGAUUUCGCGUUCGGAUUUGAUUAAAUUUGACUCGGCAAAACUCGACGCACAUGAGAGAAUACAAAAUGAAGUGUGUGAAACGAUGUUACCAAAUUUUAACGUAUUACGCGGCGAUUCAUCCGCCAAUAAUGAGCAAAUCAUUCCGGAAGAAUCUCACGGAAAAGAAAAUUUGAUGCGAGAGAUGUCUUCGAGUGAAUUGCCAGUAAUACUCAAAGAAUAUGAGCUUUCGAAUUAUUUCCAUCGGGAAUUAACCACGUCUGAACUUCCCCUUUGCCUCAAUGAUCGAUCCGGUUUGGAGACCAUUGAAACUGAUUUUUCGAGAGUCGAAUCGUCCGAUGAUUCUUCCUCUAUUUCGAAUAACAACUCAUUGAGUCUUCUGGAUAUUUCAUUGGAUAGAGUGCAGUCGGAAAAAAUUACACUCGAAUCCAGCAUUUGCAAUAAAGCGUUCGAUUCUCAAGAACUUCCGGUUACAGUUCUGGAGUUUCAACAGCGGUAAUCAUUGAAAAUUUCCUUUCAUCUAAACGCUGGCAUCGACCCAACGCUUUUUUAAGAACAAACGAAUGAUUCUCGUUUUAAAAAAUAAUAAUCUAAAAAAGGGAUUGUUGGUACCAUGUGUGUUUGUGGUAAUUGUAAAUAAACGUGUAAUUUUAUAAAACGAAAUAAUAUUAAUGAAUUGAUCAUAUUGUAAAUAUUCUUACGAAUAGAAAAUUAUAUAGGCACGAAUAAAGAUAUUUUUGUUAUUUUCAA